AUGAUCAACAAUGAUGACUACUCUUUCUCUUCAUCACCAUCAUCCACUUCUUCUCCAUCGGAUAAUUCAUCAUUCCGUUCUCACAAGAGGAAAGCUGGGAGAAGAAAGUUUAGAGAAACACGGCAUCCAGUGUAUAGAGGAGUUCGUCAGAGAAACGGUGACAGAUGGGUAUGUGAAGUUCGUGAACCCAACACCAAAUCAAGGAUAUGGCUCGGAACAUACUCUGCACCAGAAAUGGCAGCUAGGGCACAUGACGUGGCUGCCCUAGCACUUAAGGGCACCUCUGCAGCAUUCAAUUUCCCUGAUUCGGUUUCUCUUCUUCCAGUUGCAAAGUCAUCUUCAGCUGCAGAUAUUAGAGCGGCUGCAGCACAAGUUUCCGAGCUUUUUUUACCGACCAACCCUUCUUCUUCGUCCUUUACAAGGGUUGAAAUUGAAACUAACCCUUGUUCGGUGGAGGGUGUUGUUGAUUUUGCCAAGGAGUCCAAGGAAUCAGUGUUUUUUGACGAAGAGGCGAUUUAUAACAUGCCAGGUUUGUUAGAUAGCAUGGCAGAGGGUCUUCUCAUUACUCCACCUUCUAUGAAGAGAUUUGAUUGGGACGAGGUUGAUUGUGAAACAGACCUCACUCUCUGGACAUAUUAA